GCUUCGCGGGCUUAAAGGGGUACUCUCGUUAAAAAAGCUGGGAUGUUACUUCGCUGUUUUCCCGCUUCAGCGCUUCUGAGCCUGAAGCUGGUGUUUCUGGUCCAAAUGCGAAAUUUAUAGUCCAAAGGAAGUUAGUCCUAUGUGCGUGUGCGGGCAAACUGGGAGCGUGCAUGCUUGGAAACGUGCGCACUGAUUACAUUAAAUGCCUGAAGAGAGGGAAAAAGUGUGAUUACUUAAAUAAUCAGUGUCUGAAGAGCGGAAAAAAAUUAUUGCUUCAAAUGGCAUGGUACGGUGACACAUGUUAUGAGAACUUGUGGUGACUUCACAAGUCUUUAUAUAGCCUGUACUCUUGUUUCCUUAAAAUUUGAGUGACUGAUUGAAGGAGCUUGCUAAUUUUCAUUUAUGGCACCACAGUAGUUGUGUCUUAACCACUAUGAAAUAAAAGAGAGUCCACUGCACUGUGUGUCAUCUUGAUCUUCUCUGCAGGGCAGUAGCUGCUAAUGUCUAGUGUGUUUCAGGACAGUUUAAAGCUGUUUCUGGUUUUUGAUGUUUUCCACUUCUUUUUCAUUUUAACUUCUGAGAAUUAGAAUUUGAAUUAAGCAUACUCGAUCCAGGUGUUCUGAUGAAAUGAUUGACAGAGAUCUUAACAUUCAUUUCAGUACCUAACAAGUGGUAAAUGUGGCCAAUAUGUAGACAUUGGAAUUCUAGCAUCAGAUCUACAGAAAACUUACAGUGCAGAAUAUGGACGAAGGAAAAGAAAUGCUUUUAGAAUACAAGUCGAAAAAGUGUUUGCAAUAAUCAGUAACGAAAAAGGACAUGAAGAUUUAGCAGUUUUAGAAGCUGAACAUGUGGCAAAAAGAGCCAGACGUGGACAAGAGAAAAACGAGACUGUGGGAAGUGCCACAGAUGGCUCUGAGGAUGAUGAUUAUCCAGAAGAUCUAUCUACAAAUCACAUGAACAGCUCCCUGCUGAGCUUGUACAAGAAAGGAAAUCCUGAUUCUGUUCCGACCACUCCAAAAAAUGAACCAUUGGAAGCCCCCUCUCCUGUGCAAACAACAGCACCCCGAACAAGCAGUCUUUCACCAGGAACUCGAGUUGAAACAAGGAUCUCUGAAGGUGGCUGGUUCAUCGAUAAAACUCCCUGUGGAAAAGACUUCUUCAUUGACCUUUCUGAGGAUGGAGAAGGAGAUGAGAAGAAAUUAAUUUCUGAGAAAUCAACAGAUUUUUCUGUCCUGGAGAGUGAAAGAAAGAAGACAAAGGGUAAGAGAGCAAAAAGAAAAAAAGAAGAAUUUCCAGAUGUAGAUGGACAAAUUGAGUCUAUGUUACUUAAACAGAAAGUUAAAAGUAAGGGAGCAGAGCUUUACCACCCUUCAGUGAGGUUUGAGGAUGUAGGAGGCAAUGAUGAGACUCUGAAGGAAAUAUGCAAGAUGCUGAUUCAUGUCCGUCAUCCUGAAGUCUAUAACCACUUAGGUGUGGUUCCACCUCGCGGUUUUCUCUUACAUGGACCACCAGGAUGUGGAAAGACACUAGUUGCACAGGCAAUUGCUGGGGAACUUGAGCUCCCAAUGCUGAAAGUAGCAGCAACAGAGAUGGUGUCCGGAGUGUCAGGGGAAUCUGAGCAGAAACUGAGAGAAUUGUUUGAGCAAGCUGUGUCCAAUGCACCGUGCGUCCUUUUCAUAGAUGAGAUUGAUGCAAUCACCCCGAAAAGAGAAGUUGCAUCGAAGGACAUGGAGCGGAGAAUAGUUGCCCAGCUUUUAACUUGUAUGGAUGACUUGAAUAAUGUGGCUGCCACUGCCCAGGUCCUUGUUAUUGGAGCAACUAACAGACCUGACUCAUUGGAUCCUGCAUUGAGGAGAGCUGGGAGAUUUGAUCGAGAAAUUUGUUUGGGGAUCCCAGAUGAAGCAGCAAGAGAAAAAAUUCUGAAGACUCUAUGUCGAAAACUUAAGCUGCCUGAGUCCUUUGAAUUUCAUCAUUUAGCACAUAUGACUCCAGGUUAUGUAGGUGCUGAUCUGAUGGCACUUUGUCGUGAGGCAGCUAUGUGCACAGUGAACAGGGUUCUGAUAAAAUCUGAGGAGCAGAAAUUGAAACACAUACAGGCUGGAGGAAACACAGCUGAAGAAAGCAUGGAAAUUGGAAGAGAAAUUCUGGUGAAAGAGGAUACCAAACAACUAGAGCUUCUGUCUAAGGAUGAAGUGCAGAAACUUUUGGAUUUGCUGAAGCAGCAAGACCCCUUGCCCGAGGAGCAGCUGCAAAAGCUGUACAUUGAGAUGAAUGAUUUUAUUGUUGCACUGUCAUCAGUGCAACCCUCUGCCAAGAGAGAAGGCUUUGUCACAGUUCCUGAUGUGACUUGGGCAGAUAUUGGAGCUUUGGAGGAUGUUCGAGAGGAGCUGACUAUGGCAAUAUUGGCACCUGUGCGGAAUCCAGAGCAGUUUAAAGCUCUGGGCCUGACUACUCCAGCUGGUGUUCUGCUUGCAGGGCCUCCUGGAUGUGGUAAAACACUAUUAGCUAAGGCUGUGGCAAAUGAGUCUGGACUGAACUUCAUAUCUGUGAAGGGUCCUGAACUGCUAAAUAUGUAUGUUGGUGAAAGUGAACGUGCUGUACGUCAGGUAUUCCAGCGUGCCAGGAAUUCAGCCCCUUGUGUUAUAUUUUUUGAUGAAGUUGAUGCUUUGUGCCCUCGGAGGUCCGACCGUGAAUCGGGAGCCAGUGUCCGAGUAGUUAACCAGUUACUCACAGAGAUGGAUGGCCUGGAGAAUCGUCAGCAAGUUUUCAUUAUGGCUGCCACCAACAGGCCAGAUAUAAUUGACCCAGCUAUCCUGCGUCCCGGUAGACUUGAUAAAACUCUCUAUGUGGGUUUGCCACCACCUGAAGAUCGACUUGCUAUUUUAAAGACCAUCACCAAAGGUGGCACUCGGCCUCCACUAGAUGCCGAUGUAAAUCUUGAAGAUAUUGCUUAUAGUCCAAACUGUGAUUGUUACACGGGGGCAGACCUUUCCGCUCUAGUGCGUGAAGCUUCAAUUUGUGCCUUGAGACAGGAAAUGGCCCUGCAGAAUAGCAAAAGCAAGAAAGGAGAAAUCAAGAUUUGCCAUAAACACUUUGAAGAAGCUUUUAAGAAAGUGAAAUCCUCAGUAUCAAAAAAGGAUCAAAUAAUGUACGAAGAACUACGUCAGUCACUGCACAGAUGAUGCAUUUGGACAUUUCCCAAAAGAGACGUACUGUAUGUUGGUGGAGAAUUUCAUAAUACCUGUGCCUGAUUUCAAGAGAAGCUGUACCAGAUCUUUGACUUUUUAAUCUGCACCUGAAAAAAGGUCACUGGAACCUACUGCUCUAAACCAUCCUUAAUUUAGCUACUUCCAGAAUAAGAGGUAGAAAAAACACUUUCCCUUUCUGCUCAUCAUUAUUUUGGCUAAAAAUAAAUGCUUUUAACCCUAAAGACUUAAUAUCGUUGUAAUAGUUGGUGCCCUUAAUCAGAGAUCCUUCAGAGAAAGAGAGGCUAAGCCUUCAAAGUGUUACUCUGCUCAAAUACCUGUUUUCAGCCAUAAAUGAAAAUAGCUGUGUUUUCGAGAACAAGGACUCUGUAAGAAUUAUUGUGAGAACAGAGCUGUGAGAGUAGAUGAGGAAAGUGCUACCCUAUGUUAUUAUGCCAUUAAUCAUGCCUUUCCCAAAUAUGGUGACGUACGAUGAUUGUGCCAGAGCAGGUUCUCAAAGAGUUUCUUAAAACUUCCUUUCACCUUAUCAAAAGAAACCAGCCUGGCAAGCUGUUUUAAUGUAAUCUAAGAGAAUAAAGCUUGGACAUCUCAGGAAUGUUAAUAUGCAUAUGACAAUAUGCAUAUAAUAUCAUAUUAUAAAUAUA